AUUAUUGCCAGAAAGAGAGAGAGAGUUGUCAAUGAGAGCCGCUGCAGUUGUUGGGUUGAAACGUUAGCUUCAUAUCAGGCGUUUUGCCGGCUGUUUGAAUGACAGUGAGCGGGGCGGAAUCGGUUCCUCUUGGCUUCUGGCUUAAUUGCCAGUUCUGUCGUCUCUUUCUGUUCACUACACCGCGACAUUUAUGAGCGUGACUCCACUUAUUGCCAAUGAGCGCAAGUCGCAGUUUGUGUGAAGCCUAUUAUCAUCAGCAACAGUAGCAGCAGCAGAAGAGGAAGAAGAGGAGGAAGAAGAAGAAGAAGAAGAAGAAGAGGUCAUUUUAAGGAACUUUGAUUAUUGUUGCGCGGAGGAGCGCGAGGCUUUCUUUCUUUUUCCUGUGUGUUAAGUUGUACAUUUUACCAGAGGAAGUUAUGACUUCGGUAUGGAAAAGACUGCAGCGCGUUGGUAAAAAAGCUUCAAAGUUUCAGUUUGUCGCCUCUUACCAGGAACUCGUGUUGGAGUGCACAAAGAAAUGGCAACCAGACAAGCUGAGGGUGGUGUGGACCAGGAGGAACAGACGCAUGUGCUCCAAGCUCCACAGUUGGCAGCCUGGAAUCAAAAACCCCUACAGGGGCAUGGUGGUGUGGCCUGUCCCAGAGAACAUCGACAUCUCUGUUACACUCUUCAAGGAGGUCAAUGCUGAUGAAUUUGAGGACAAAGAGUGGACCUUCGUAAUUGAGGGUGAGACCAAGGGACAUCGUAAGGUGCUGGCAUCAGCAGACAUCAACCUGAAGCGGUUUGCCAGUCUGACGCCGACCCAGACCGACCUGACGCUGAAGCUGAAGCCGCUGUCUGUCAAAGUGGUGGAGGCCACGUUCAAGCUGUCGCUGUCAUGCGUCUUCGUUCGUGAGGGGAAAGCCACUGAUGAAGACAUGCAGAGUCUGGCCAGCCUGAUGAGCGUCAAACCCACAGAUAUCGGCAACAUGGACGACUUCAAUGAGAGCGAUGAAGAUGAGGACAAGAAGUCUGUCACUGCUACAGCUGCAGUUGUUCCACACACUCUAACUCGCCCAAAUCGCCCUGCUCCCCCUCCACCUGACAAGCGAGACUCCACUGGACCCACUUAUGCAGCCUCAGCCUGUGGGCGUGAUGGCGGUCCUCCCAGUCCUGCUGUCCACUCCCGCCCUCCUCUACCUAUUGCUCCUCGCCCAUCGCCCCGUCGCAGCCGACACCCCUUCACCACCACCCCUGUUCAGUCAGAGAUCCAACCUUCCCCCGGCCCCUCCCCUCAGCCCUCACCCAGAUCCAAGCAUAAAAAAAAAUCAAACCCUCUUCUCCUUGAGGCUCUUGUUUCUUCUGACCCACUACCUAAUCCUCCAAACUCACAGCUCACAGCGCCUACUCCCUCAAUCCAAAGCGCCUCCUCUCUCCUACCUCUCUCUGAUGUGUCUCCUGCAAAUCCUCCAUCCCCCAAAUCCUCCAAAGCACCCAAAAUCACACCUUCAACCAAAAACAUUUCCUCUUCCAUUCAUCCUCCAUCUCCCAAAUGCUCUGGAUCUGUGUCAGUGAAGCCUUCUUUAGCAGUGCCGUCUGUUCCCCUAAAUUAUUCUUCAAAUACCCCCUCAAAACUGCCUUUUCAGCAGCCCAGCACCUGCGAAGCUGGCAUUACCUCAUUAACUCCCAAACUUCCCUCCCCUGCAUUGUCGUCACCCAUGACUUCUUCCUCCACGGUUCCCCAAAUGUCUUCUUUCACUGUGUCCACUACUAUGACCCAUCAGACCACCUCUACUGCCUCCCAUUCUCUCCCACCUAAAUCCUCCCUUCCCUGUAAGCCCACCCUGUCCUCGGAGCCUCCAUCCGCUCACCCUCCAAUCACCCGGACCCUCUCUCAGCCUCCCUCUCUGCCCAGAAUCUUCCAGUCAUGCUCAGGAAAAGUUCCUAUUUCACAUCAACGGCGCCCCCCGGAGGAUCAAACUCCUGAUGAUCUUACUUCAGUCUCCGGCCGUGCUCACAUCUUCAGACCUCAGGUUGUCAAAUCAAUCCCCCGCCCCUCAUCUCCAUCUCCCUUUUCCGCUGAUGCACCUCCUCUUGAGUCCACUCCUCUCCCCAAAACUCACCCCAGUAUCUUAGAGUCAGGUGCUCAGGGGACGUGGUUGACAUCUGCUAGUGACAUCAAUCCUGUCCCCCUGCUGAGUAGUCCGGACCUUGAUGCCCUCUGUGACCCCGCCGCUCCGGCCCUUACUGCCUCCCUUCCAUUCUCCUCACCCCCUCGCUCCUCGUCUCUUUCCACCUCAGUUUUAUUCUCCUCUCCUCCCUCUCAGCUCGCUGUGUCUCCUUCUGCUCCUUCCGCUCCAAUCAGCUCCUGUCAGUCAGGUUCAGCCUUCCCCCUCGCUCAAGUAGACGAGGAAACAACUGAGAGCCCUCUGCGCCGGGACAAGACUUCUCCUCAAAAUAACCGGGCAGUGGCCAACAUCAGAGUAUCCAACCAGCCAAUCAGACCAGCCCAGGAUUCAAAGGUGGCCAUCAAAGAUGAACCAGCAAGUAUCAGCUCACAAAGAGAAGAUGCUGCUGAGGUGGACACCCCUGUCAGGCAGGAGCCCCAACCAAUAACAGUAAAAGACUCAGAAAACCAUCACAUAUUCCCAUCUCCUGCUGAACCCGGCGCUCCACCAGUUAAAGAGGAGCCCAAAGAGCCAGAGGGACCCAGCGUUGAACCAGAAACCUCACCCGAGGUUUCCCCAAAACCGACCCUCGAGGGAACGGCUUUGGCACUAGAGCCGCUGCUUCCCGCAAAACCAGAACCAGGACUGUGGUCGGAACAAGUUCUUCAGCCAUCAGGAAAACCACAACAGGAGGGAGCAGAUGAGGAGAAACCAGCCGAGGCCUUGACUGGUGGUCGGGAGAGUUUCACCAACAAUAAGGAGCCAGUGUGCGAGGCAGAAAAGCAGCUGUGGGCGACAGUAGAGGAGACCACAGCGGAGACAGGAGCGGAAAGACGGAUGGAAAGUAGUGAGAGCACCGAAGAGAAGGAUGAGGAGGGUGGUGUAACAGGGGGGCUAAAAGGCCAAUGUGCUGACCUCCCUGAUGGUGGAGAGAAGAAAUCGCCAUCACAGCUUGGAGACACCUCAAGCAGACACACCAGUGAUAAGCGCACUGACACAAACAUCACUCCUCCCCAUUACUGUGAGAUGACCACAUCUCGGCUUCCUACUUUACCAGAAGAAGAAACCUCUGACCUUAAGCCUGCUCCAAUGGUCCGAGAGGAGGCUGACGAGAAGGACGAUGCAGCUGAGGGCCUGGUGAACUCCACCCAGUCGUUGCUCCAGUGGUGUCAGGACAUCACCAAUGGGUACCGGGGGAUAAAGGUCACCAACUUCAGCACUUCCUGGAGAAAUGGUCUGGCCUUCUGUUCCAUCCUACAUCAUUUUCAUCCAGACAAAAUAGAUUUUGACCAGUUGGUCUCUAAUGACAUCAAGCUGAACAACAAGAAGGCGUUUGACGGUUUCGAGGCGCUGGGCAUCUCUCGCCUGCUGGAGCCGUCCGACAUGGUUCUUCUGUCUGUCCCCGACAGGCUCAUAGUCAUGACCUACCUCAGCCAGAUCCGCUCACACUUCACCAACCAGGAGCUGAGCGUGCUGCAGAUAGAGCACAACAGCAGCCAGUCCAGCUACGGCCUCGCCCUCUCUGGUCCCGGUCCCACUAACGUCGAUGCCGCUGCUUUCUGCAUGGCCAGACUGAACGAAGGAGUGAGCUUGGAGGAAGGAAGGAGCAGCACGUUGGUCGUCCCACCACCGAGGACCAAACGACUGAUUAAAGGAGACGAGUCAAUAACCCCAGUCCCACCACCAAGGUCGGCUACUAAAGCAGGCAAAUCUGGACUGACUCAGGAUGAAGACACAAAGACAGGAAUCACUAAUAAUACAGAGAGUACAGCUGAGACCCAGCCUCCCAAACAAGAAGAGGAAACCAUGUGUCUGCAGGACACCAGUCAGUAUGUGCUGAGUGAGCUGGCAGCAUUGGAGUCGGAGCAGAAGCACAUCGACAGCAGAGCCGCCGUGGUGGAGAGACGACUGCGAAGCCUCAUGGAAACAGGAAGCGACCGUACUGAAGAAGAAAGACUGAUCCAGGAGUGGUUCACUCUGGUGAACAAGAAGAACGCUUUGAUACGCAGACAGGACAAUCUGGAGCUACUACAAGAGGAGCAAGAUCUGGAGAGGAGGUUUGAGCUCCUGAACAGGGAACUUCGGGUGAUGAUGGCUAUAGAAGACUGGCAGAAGUCGUCCACGCAGCAGCAGAGGGAGCAGCUGCUCCUCCAGGAGCUGGUGUCUUUGGUCAACCAGCGGGACGAGAUCAUCAGAGACAUUGACGCCAAGGAGAGAGGCGCAAUGGAGGAGGAUGAGCGUCUAGAGCGCGGUCUGGAGAUGAGGAGGCAAAAAUAUAACAACAAAGACAAAUGUGUCCUACAGUGAGAUGCGAGGUCUCACACAAACACACACACAGCUUUUAUUAGCAAAAGAUGAUCUUUCAGGACUUUUGGGGCUCCAUAUUUCACUGUUUUUUGAGUGCCUUUAUUUUCCCAAAUAACUGUUAAGUCCCAUUAUAAGAGGAAAGACAAGAUAUGGGCUACAAACUGUGUCUUCUAUGUUUUCUUGAAAAUGAAUAACUGUUGUUCUGUCAAAGUUUCCAUCCGUCUUAAGUAUUAUUUUGAGUUCAGUUCACAUAUUCUUAUUUAUUUAAAUGAUGUGUCAGGUUGUUGUACAUCUAUUGUACAUGUGUUUUGUGUGUGUUCAUGUGUGAGUUUGUUCAGUAUUUGAACGCUGGCUUUUCCUUUUCUUUUUUUUUUUAUUACAAAGAAUAGGUUACCCAUCUUGACACGACUAGAGCUUGUCAGAAUCUGCUGGACUAAAACCAAAAUGUGCCUUGUCCUUUCGUAAUAUGCCCAAACUUAUUAGAUAUAAAAAUAAAAGGUGACAAGUCAUGAGCUGGACUCAAAUUCACAAUAUUGAGAGUACAGGGUACACAUUUUAAACUUAAGGAUGAUCUCCAACAUGACAUUUUUAUAAACCCAAAAAGCAUUUCCACUUGUUGCAAUAUUGAUUUUCUUUUUUUAUAUGUUGAAAGUGUUCUUCAUAUUAAGGAGUUAUUAAACCUUGUGUGAGCACAAACCCUGAACGCCUUAAAUAACGUGUGGGGAUGUGAUGUUCAUGCCUGCUUGAAUCACAGAAAUGAACCCGUUUCCUCCCUUCUGUGUCCUUGUACUACUGUAUGCAUGCUGUUUGAGGUGCACUGAUAAAGUGGUUCCCUGCUUCACAUCA